UCUUCUAUGGCAAUGAAAAUGGGCUCUUGUGUUGUUGUUUUGGGGUUAAUUACAUGGGUAUUGUAUGUGUAUGGUAAUAUUUGGUACAAAUCAAAAAGGGUUAGAAGAAAACUCAUAGCACAAGGGAUCAAAGGGCCUCAACCUUCUUUUCUAUGUGGGAAUAUUGCUGAUAUGCAGAGAAUCCAAGCACAAGUUAACAACUUUAUUGAAGCUCCGAAUAACGGAAGAAGAUGCAAUAAUAAUGUUAAUCAUCAUCAGUUUCUUGCACAUGAUUAUACUGCUACUCUAUUCCCAUAUUUUGAACACUGGAGAAAGAAAUAUGGAUCUGGGAAGUCCCAAGCAAGUAUAAUGAGAAGGAGGUUGGAAGCAUUCAAGUGAUUCUUCAGGAUAGUAAGCGAUAGGAUGCACGCUAAAAUCCCCAGGUCUUUGGUCAGCAAGUGGAAGGGUUCUAUUGUACAGUUUCAGAAUUACCAAAUGACCCACUUCAUUGUUGUUGCUAAUGAUAUGGGCACAAUCAUAACUCCAAGUAAAUGGAUACUUUGCUUCUCCCACAGAACACGAGUCAUCUAUGUGGAGAAUCCAUACUUUUCAUUGGAAGCCUUCCAUUUCAAAUCUAUACCAGAUUUACUGAAUGUUGAUAAGUUGGAUGAUUCUGAGGAUUUUGGUCAAGUGUACACAUAUUCCACAGGGAUGAAGCAACACUUAUAUGUGAACAACCCAGAGCUCGUGACAGAAAUGAAUCAGUCUAUAACUUUGGAUUUGGGUAAGCCUACUUACAUAACAAACAAGCUUGCACCAUUGCUGGGUAAUGGCAUUUUGAGAGCCAAUGGUCAUAGUUGGGCAAACCAGAGGAAACUUGUUGCAGCUGAGUUUUUCAUGGACAAAGUAAAGGGUAUGGUGGGGUUAAUGAUAGAGUCAGCACAACCAUUACUAAGAAAGUGGGAGGAAUUGAUUAGUGGCACUGGCACUGGCUUGGCAGAAGUUAAAGUUGAUGCAGAUUUGAGGGACUUCUCUGCUGAUGUUAUUUCAAGGGUUUGCUUUGGACAUUCAUAUUUCAAAGGAAAGGAUCUAUUCUCAAAGCUUAGAAAACUUCAGAAGACUAUGUCUGACCAGGGUGGCUUCCUCUUUGGUCUCAACGGUUUCCGUGGCAAACUAUUUUUGUCUUCAAAGAAGCAGAAGCAAAUCAGCAGCUUAGAGAAAGAGAUAGAAUCACUGAUCUGGAGUUUAGUGGACGAGCGAAAGCGAGAGUGCUCAUCGUGGGAGAAGGAUCUGAUGCAGUUGCUUUUAGAAGCAGCCAUGGCUGAUAAGAGUCUAGGGAAGGAAUUUUCAAGGAGGUUCAUAGUUGACAACUGCAAGAACAUAUAUUUCGCCGGACAUGAGACCACCGCCAUCGCCGCGUCUUGGAGCUUGAUGCUGCUUGCUUUGCACCCUCAAUGGCAAGAAAAGAUUAGGACUGAGGUUGCUGAGGUUUGCCCCCAUGGCAUACCUCAUGCUGAUUCUCUUCCCCUCCUCAAAACAGUGAAUAUGGUGAUUCAUGAAGUGCUACGUUUGUACCCACCAGCAGCAUUUGUAUCAAGGGAAGCAUAUGAAGACAUUCAAAUUGGAGACAUAAAUGUUCCUAAAGGAGUUUGUUUGUGGACCCUAAUUCCAACAUUGCAUAGAGACCCUGAAAAUUGGGGGCAAGACUCUAAUGAAUUCAAGCCAGAAAGGUUCAAAGAAGGUGUGUCUCAAGCAUGCAAGUUCCCACAGGCUUAUGUGCCAUUUGGAUUGGGGCCUAGAUUGUGCUUGGGGAGGAACUUUGCUAUGGUCCAAUUGAAGGUUGUGUUGGCACUUAUUAUUUCUAAGUUUAGCUUCUCACUCUCGCCUAGUUAUAGCCAUUCUCCAGCAUAUAGAAUGAUUGUAGAGCCAGGACAUGGUGUGUAUAUCAUCAUUAAGAAGCUUUAAUUUACUUGGAUUCCAAGUUCUUGGAAUGAGAAGCUUGUGGACAUGUACUGAACGUAGCAAUUUUAUUGGUUUGCUUGGGUUAUAUA